AUGGGCACGGGCGGAUACCUCGUGAACCCAGUGCCGUCAAAGGCUACCGAGGACCCGCCAACUAUGGGCCAGGUCUUUUGCGCGAACAUCUUCGGGCAUUAUCUCUUCGCACAUGAGCUCAUUCCACUUCUGAGCCGCCAGGCCUCGAGCAACAUCCCUCACGGCCGACUCAUCUGGGAGAGCAGCAUCGAGGCGUGCUGGGACCACCUCUCGCUAUCUGACUUCCAGGCUCUAGGAACGACCGCUGCGUACGAGAGCACAAAGCGCCUGACCGAUGUGCUGGCACUCACCACUGACCUGCCCGGCGUCAGGCCGUACUCCGACGCAUUCUUCCAGAACCACAAGUCGGAUGCGCAGCCCAUCAAGCCGAGGACGUACGUCAGCCACCCCGGCGUAGUUGUCACGACCAUCUUCCCUCUCAACUUCAUCCUCUUCCACCUGUACAAGCUCGCCAUGUACAUCAGUCGCUGGAUCGGCUCGCCCUGGCACCCCGUCACCGCUUACCUCGGCGCAGUCUCGAUGGUGUGGCUCACCCUGGCGUCGCAGGAGGCGCUGGACGCGCAGCACGCCGAGCGCAUCAAGUGGGGGUCGGCCACGGACCGCCUGGGACGCAGCUACGUCAAGAAGACAGAGGUCGAGGGCUGGGGCUGGGAGGGCAAGGUGGAAGACGAGGACGCCCUCGCGAACGACGAGGCAACGGGCGUCCUGCGCAAGAUGGUGGGCCGCAAGUCUGGCGCCAAGUACCUCACCGAGGAGAGGAGGCAAGAGUUCGAGGCGGUGGGCGCGGAGUGCUGGAAGGAGAUGGAGAGGCUGCGCAGUGAGUGGGAGGCACGAGUGGGUGUUGGCGGUGGUGCAGCGAGGAACGGCAAGGCGCACUGA